GGCUACUGAGAGCUGUCACUUUAUCAUGGAUCACCUAUUCAGCAAACACAAUGUGCUGUAGGGCACCAGGUGAUGAAUAGACAGGUUUUAUAGUGGAAUAUUUUCUAGUGUAGGAGCCAUGAUGUGCUCCCUGGGAUGGACUGUUUUCCUCUGGAGUUUAAAUUCCAUUCAUUGCACGUUUGGAAUGGCAGUGAGUGAACAGACAGACGGCUCAUGUCCCCCUCUGAGCGUGGAGGAGCGCAGGUUUUCUGAUGUUUUAGAUCGUCCCUUGCAAAUCACAGGAUUCGAUCUCACAGAAAAGUUUCUUCUUCGAAAGGGUACGAUCACAGAAGACCUGCCGUCGUUUCGUUUAGGAAGCAGUCCACUUAUUAAGCCAACAAAAUUAAUAUUUCAAAAUGGACUUUCAAGUGAGUACUCCCUCGUCACCACCUUCCGGGUCAGAAGAACGACAAAAAAAGACCGUUGGUAUCUUUGGCAGAUUUUUGACCAAUCUGGAGGCAGUCAGGUGUCUGUUGUGGUGGACGGCGGCAAGAAGGUGGUGGAGUUUUCCUUCCAGGGUCAGCUGAAGAACAACCUCCGCUACACAUUUAAGAGCCGUGACCUACAUGCCCUCUUUGAUCGGCAGUGGCACAAGCUGAGCAUUUCUGUGCAGAGCGACAAAGUCUCCAUUUACAUGGACUGCAAGCUGGUAGAACGGAGACUGACCGAUGAGAAGGACGACGUUGACCCCAGUGGGCGAACGCUAAUCACCACACGAGUGGAGGAUGGACGGCCUGUAGAUAUUGAACUGAGACUAUUUCUAAUCUACUGUGACCCCUAUAUGGCUGAGAUGGAAAAUUGCUGUGAGCUGCUGGAACCAAAGUGUGAAGCCAAGCAGACGUUAAAUGGCACUUCCCCUCCCCUGGUUACAGAGCAGCUUCCCCAGAUGCUUUCUCAGCCGGUCCUGCAGUCAAUUGACAGAUGUCACUGUCCGGCAGAAAAGGGAGAUGCUGGUCUUCCAGGGGUAGUUGGACUCCCAGGUGAUAAGGGGGAUAAAGGAGACAAGGGGGACCUGGGGGAAGCUGGGCCAACAGGAAACCUAGGACAUAAGGGAGAACCUGGAUCAGAAGGGCAAAAGGGAAUCGAUGGGGAGAAGGGUCUGAAAGGUGACCUGGGGCCAAUCGGUCCAGUUGGUCCCAAGGGAAACAAAGGUGAUGUGGGUAAGCCUGGAGCCCCGGGGCUGCCUGUUGACAGAGAAUGUAUCAAAGGAGAUCAGGGCCCUCGAGGUGACAAAGGAGAAAAGGGACUGGCCGGGUUGCCAGGUCAGCCAGGGGAGCCAGGCAAAGAGGGCAAAAGGGGACGGAGAGGAAAGACUGGGGAGUCUGGACCCAGAGGCCUGCCUGGUCCCUCAGGAACCUCUGAAGGAGCAAGUAUCAAGGGGGAGAAGGGUGAGUCUGGAGUCUCGCCAGACAAAGGGGAGAGAGGAGACCCUGGUCAUCCAGGUGCAGAGGGUGCCGGCGGAAUGAAAGGACAAAAAGGUGAUAUUGGCCCUCCUGGUCCUCCCGGUCCUGUGAUGACAGCUCAUGGAUUAAGACACCUCUCUGGAUCUGAUGAAAUGAAGGAGCGGAGCCACAAGGGAGAAAAGGGCGACCAGGGGGAGCGAGGAACACAAGGACUGCAAGGCUUCAAGGGAAACAUAGGGCCGCCAGGACUAAAAGGAGAUCAAGGACCAGAGGGGAAACAGGGCCUGCCUGGACCCACUGGACUCCCAGGACUCCCAGGCGAGCCAGGCUCGUCAGGGGAGCCGGGGGUGCCUGGGAGAGAUGGCCUGAAAGGAGAAAAGGGGGACUCUGGUGGAGUGAUGGUGCCACAGGGACCUCCAGGUCCCAAGGGUGAGCCUGGAGAACCCGGUGGCGGCUAUACGGGUGAUGGGUUGCCUCUAACCAGAGGGUCUCGCGGACCCAAGGUAGGAAUCACUGUGGUGGUGGAGCAUCACUAA